UAAAUACAAAGUCUGCAUGUUUUGGUCUAUAUACAUAUCAUAACUGGACUUGUGUACCUCUAGGUCCAUCUGUCUGACAGAAAAGUUGACCUGCAAUCACAGAAGCCUGUUUGGCGUAAUUGGCAGAAACCAUUGUCAAAUAGGACACUUUGGAGGACACAUUGAUGUGAAACAGGAACGAAAAUACAUCAGAAGGCCAAAUAAGUGCCCCUCUGGCUGCCCAGCCAUCUAUGCGACAUCUCCUCGAAAGCUGCCACUUUUCCCAACUCGGUGCACCACUCAUGAAAUGAGGGCGCACCAGCCGACUUCCAUCCCUCAAGAAUCACCCUCCUGCCAGUCGUCAUGUUGAAGAAAUGGCUUCAUUUCCAGUGAAGAGAAUCAUUCCCAAUGAUGUUGAGAAUGCUUUUGAAGCAUCUCAGAAGCACAACAGUAUGAAGAAAUCCAAGAAAGCGAAAAAGGAAAAAAAGGACAAGAGCAAAACCAAGUCUGUGCCUAAUAUCUUUUUGCACGAUGGCUGCCGUGAGACUGCUAUCUUCACACAAAUGCGCAAGAGUAAGAAAAAGAAGAAGAAAACAAAACUGCAGGAUGAUGCCCAGCAAGUUUGGAAAUCGAAAUCCAAAAAACAGCUCAACCAACCAGUUUGCACCAGUCACACUGAGGAUUCACAAUCUGUCAUCUAUAUCUCUCCUGAUCUGGAGGCAAUACAUUCAACUGAGAGUGUGUGUCGUAGGAGUGCGAAAGAGAUGGAUAAGGGCCGAAGUAAAAAGAAAGUAAACUUUAACUUGCCACCUGAGCAGAGCCAAAGAACAAAGGCAAGGGAUGAAAACUUUGCCACUGGAAACUCUUAUAGAUCUGCUAUAUCCUUCCCAAGAGCUGUUUUCUCUGGAAACAUGAGCAUUGGCAAGCAGCUUGUAGGGGAAAGCAUUGUGGAAUCCCAACCGGAAGAAAUGAACAGCCAAGACCUGUUUAUCACACAGAAAUCAUUCUUGGAUCCAUAUGCAGAAUUUUCUAGCAGUGCAAGCGGAAAUGAAGCUACUACAGUUAUGGCGCAAGAGAACCGUCCGUGUAGGUCAACAACUGAGGCAGCUACUCAAACUGAAAACUUCUUCACCUUCCCAGAGCUCUCCUACUCUCUCAGGUUUCAGCAGCAGCACAACACAUCCAUAUGCAUGGAGGAACCGGUGGACCUGAGCAUGCCCAACAGAGCAAGACGAACACCAGGCUCAGUUGUUUUAGCCAAACAUUCUACUGUAGAUUUUGUGAAACCGACUAAGCUAAAGAUAUCUGACACAUCAAGUGAGGAUGGUGAUGUGGUUUCGAAGGCCAAGGGUGACUUGUCCCAGCUGAAGGUCAUUCAGACUCGCCUGAACGAGUCAUUUUUUUUUAAGGUCAAGGGUGAUGACUCACCGAAGCCUAUAUGUCCCCUGAUGAAACUCAAAGCGCUGAAAAAAGACUAA